GUAAAGCUGCAUUUGACGCACGAAGCAUCAUAUAAAAAUGAGGCGUAAUUAUCAAAGUGUGGAACAUAAUAAACAAUGUUUCUGUGUUGUUUAUCAUUAGUAGACUCAAGAUCAUUACCUCAGGCAGCUCCAGGGUCCAGUGGUUUGGGGUCCGGUGGUUCAGGGACCAGUGGUUCGGGGACCGGUGGUUCGGGGACCGGUGGUUCGGGGUCCGGUGGUUCGGGGUCCGGUGGUUCGGGGACCGGUGGUUCGGGGUUGAAAGUACCAGUAUUUCAUAUUUUUAAUUUCUUCUUUUUUGUACUGCACAUGUACCAACCAGUCAUUUCUUUAUUUAAUUGCUUUAUUAUUAUUAUUAAUUUACACUGCACGUGUUCACAACAGGCUACAUUGGAUAUUGUCAUUGCUUCUAAUGUAUCUCUUUUUAUUUUAGAUUGUCUCUAUUCUUAUUUCAUUUUCCCUCGUGCUGCUGUGUCAAAGUUCAAUUUGCUACACAGGGAUCAAUGAAGGUUCAUCUUCAUCUUCCUCUUCAUCUUCUUUUAUAGCCCACUGUUUUAUUUCUGACAGAAAAUGUUUGUUCCAGUUUGAAAAGUAAGAAAACGGAACAUCUGGACUCGUCCUGGCAGCAGCUGCACAUCUGUACAGAUGUGUGUUUCAUCUGUUCCCUACAGUAAAAAUAAAAGCUGCCAUUUUCUUUAUGUACUUGACUUUGUUUCCCAAUAAACCACUUGAAUAAAAGUUGUUUUAUAUUCAAACUAACACAUGAUAAGGACACACGGAGUGUUUUGCAGCAGCUCAGGAACCAGGUUCUGCAGAGGCUUUGUUCCUCAGAGGGGCGGAACCACAGAACACACGGGUCCGGUCUGAGGGGGAGGGGGAGGAGGAGGAGGAGGAGGAAGAGUCCACACGGUCACCGAACGCCUUUGUGUCCGCAGAAGCAGCAAAACUUCCCCCGACAGCAGGCGAGGAAUCCCGGCGUCAGCAGCCGCCGCGCCCCGCUGGAGGAGCGGGGGACAUUAGUGAAGCAAGAGACGGAUGUGGAUGGUGUGUGAGGAGGAGGAGGGAAAACUUGGAGCAACAGAGAGAAUAAAGGAGGAGUGGAGGGGCGUUUAUUGUUCGGAUCUCCAGACGCAUAAUCGAGUCCGACAGAACCCGGAUCGAUCUGAUCCACCAGGAGUCCGGAACAAAUGGAGGCCAGGGAGAGUGAGGAGUCAGGAGGCUCCUCCAGGGAUCAGUGUUCACACCUCGGUGCAGCAGCUGCUGACAUGCCGCCACAGAUCAGCGCAGAAAACUGCUACAAGCUUCUGACAAAAGCCAAGAGCGAGGGCGCGGAGGGCGCGAAGCAGCGGCUCUACCGAUACAUGAGCGACCACUACCUGCACGUACUGCGGACUCCCGCCGUGUACGGCCGGCUGACAGCGGGGGAGAGAGAGCACAUCCUGGCACGGAGGAUGGAGGGGAGGAAGGUGCUGGCGGUGGCCGAGAGUAGCGAGGUGUGCGACCGCGCGGGGAGCCGGGACAAUAGCCGGCCGCAGAGUCCGCUGCUGCCCGCCCCGGAGGACCACAACCACCGGCGGGUGUUCUGCCUCCACCCGGACACUCAGCAGUGGGAGGUGCUGACCAGCCUGCCGGAGGAGGUCCCGGCAAAAGGCUCCGGGAUGUGCACCAUGUACAACUACCUGUUCGUGGCGGGGGGGAUCAGGGCGGAGGGGGACGGCCGCUCCAGGGCGUCGGAUCGGGUCUUCUGCUACAACCCGCUGACCGGCCUCUGGAGCCAGGUCCGGCCGCUGACCCAGCCCCGCUGCCAGCUCCGACUGGUCUCCAUGGACGGAUACCUGUACGCCAUCGGGGGGGAGUGUCUGUUCACGGUGGAGCGCUACGACCCGCGCGCGGACAGGUGGAGUCAGGUGGCGCCACUGCCCAGAGGCUCCUUCGCGGUGGCGCACGAGGCGACUUCUUGCGGCGGGGAGCUGUUCGUGUCCGGAGGCUCGCUCUUCUACCGGCUGCUGCGCUACGACUCCCGCCGCGACGAGUGGGAGGAGUGUCCGUUCAACGAGAGCCGGCGGCGGUCCACGGACAUGGUGGCGCGCCGCGGCCUCGUGUACCGCUUCGACGUGGACCGGGAACGCGCGGGAGUGAAGGUGUACAAGUACAACACGGUGGUGAAGGUGUGGCUCGGCGGCGCGAGCUUCCCGCUGGAGAACCCGCUGCCGUUCCGCUGUGCGGUGCUCGAGGACCGGAUCUACUGCGUCAACCGGAGCCAGACGCUGCAGUUCGAGGUGCGGGAGGAGGGGGAGGGGUUCCUGCCGGACGUCCUGCCCCCCCCCGCAGAGGCCAGAGGAGCCCUGGUGCCCUUUGUCCUCUGUCUGAACCGGGACAAGUCUCCAGGACCAGGACCUGAACCCGGUCCAAAAAAGUGCUAACACGUGAACCUGCCUCCUUCCUCCUCCUCUUCUUCUUCUUUUUCUUCUUCUUCUUCUUUUUCUUGUUCUUCUUCUUCUUCUUCUUCUUCUUCUUCUUCCUCUUCUUCAGCUGUGCCUUUAUCUUUUAUUCCCGCUUUAACCGACGUUUAAUGAAAGUUUAUGUUUCCACUUGUUGCUGCAUGAAAACCAGAUGUUUGUUUAGUCCAGCUGCAGCAGACAUCUGGAGCAGAGACUGUACAGGUGAGCAUCUGGUCACUCCACCUGCCGGCUCCUUAUCAAACAGCUAAAACAAACACUCUGUUACCUGCAUGUGAGGUCAUCCUCUCCAGUGUGACAUCAUCAAAGUGUUUUUGGCUCCGCCCCCUGUCGGUCUGAGUCUCUUGAACACAAACAAACAGCAAACUGAAUGUCAGACAAGGUCAAAGGUCAAAGGUCAUGUUCUGAUUGUUAAGCCUGAGAUGAAACAACACUUGUGUCUCUCUCUGAUCAUCUUAUAAAAAUAAUAAAAAAGGCGGGAAAGUUGCUGCUUCCAGCUGCUCAACA